UCAGGCGCGCGCGUCUGCAGUAGGACUAUAUAAGCGCAACAGGCGACCGGCGGAUCUGAACCUCUCUCACCGCAGCCUGGGGAAGAGAAAGACCACACACUAAUGAACACUGUGAAGGUGAACACUGUACUGUGAGGAUUCGCAGAGAAGAGGAAAAUCAUUUGCAAAUCCAGCAUCACCCAGCGGGUUUAGCCCAGAGGGAACAUGUGGGUUCUGGAGAAGAUCCGGGACUCGGUUGAAACAAAUGUGCUCCGCCAAGGAGAAGCGGGUGACAAAGGGAAGGCCCCAGUCUAUAGCAAUGUCCUCACACCUGAUAAGAUUCCAGAUUUCUUCAUUCCCCCAAAGCUGGUAAGCUGUCCACCAGAGACCGAAGCUUCAGACGUCAAGUCCAAAGAAAGCCUGAGACCCUCAGCAUCAGAGCAAACCAUCAACAACAAGAAGAUCAGCAGUCCUCGUAGCCCACGAUUAGUCAGCAAGUUGGCAGGGGAUACCAAAAACCUUCUUCGGGCGGCUAACCGCCACAUCAUUCAGAUCGAGAGCGCGGAUGACGUCGUAGCAGACGACACCAACGCUGACCCUCAAUCCCAGACUGCCAUGUCACUUCCUUACAUUCCAAAGACUCAGACUUCUUAUGGUUUUGCCACGUUGAUGGAGAGUCCCCACACCCGGCGAAAAGAGUCCCUGUUCCAUUGCGACCACACCAGUCCAGUUACGUCGCCCAAUACCCAACGCAAGUCCCAAAGCAAGAGCAGCAACGAGGGGAAUCACCUCAACCCUCCAGACUUCAGCACCUCUCACAUAAACCCCUACCGAUACUUCAGCGGUGGCGAGAGCGACACUUGCUCUUCGGCGGAGUCGUCCCCGUUCAGUUCGCCACUGCUCUCUCGUUCCGCCUCUUUACUGAAGAUCUUUACCCAUGAGACACAGGCCAAGGUCGCCAAAGGCAAGCGGACAUUUGCCAGACAUAGUUCCGUAUCUACAGACGAAUGCAGCUCAGCGGAGCCCAGUCCUAAUGUUCCUAGACGGAGCCAGUGUUCCUCCUUGCAAGCUGGUGGAGCUAUGGACCAUCUUCAUGGUUCGGACCGUCAACACAAGGAGCACACCAUCAACAUGCACAAAGGAGGCACUGUCAGACUUUGUACAGACUAUGAUGUGGGUACAGCCCGUCUGCGAAUCCGCAUUAUGGCGGCCGAGGACCUGUAUGAUCCUAUAUUUGACAUUAAGAGCAUCAACUGUUGUGUGUCGCUCUACCUCAAUCCAGGCAAGUUGCAGAAGCAGAGGAGCACCAUCAUCAAGAACAGCCGCAAUCCCAUCUUCAACGAGGACUUCUUUUUUGAUUCGGUGACUUCGGCUCAGAUAAAGAACCUAGCUUUGAAGAUCAAGGUUGUGAAUAAAGGCACUAGUCUGAAAAGAGACAUGCUGUUAGGUGAACGGGAGGUCCCUUUGUGCAAGCUCUUGUCUGGAUUUUAGGCCUUCAGAAUGGGACACUGUCUUCAAAGGUGGAAUAAGGUCUUCUGUACUAGAUAUGUUCUUUAUCUUUUAUGUAGCCUGAUGUGGUUAAUUUAUUAUUUACAGAUUCAGAAACAACGAUCACCAUCUGCUUAAGAUCAAAGUAUUAGCAUAGCUCCAAAUUUGUUGCCUGUAAAUAUAGAAGUCUAUAACAAAGUCUUUUUGUAAGUUUACUUGGGUACAGUAUCUUGGUUGUUCUACGCAUUUAGUCUAAUUAAGAUCAAGCGUUUACCUUUUUGAUUGUAGACCUGUUGUCCUUUGAAGCUACACAAUGGCCCUCUGUGCUAAUGUUAGCUUUGAUGCAUCUCCUGAUUAAUUUGGAAGACAAAUAACCAGAGUGUGCAAUGUUGCGUCACACUGCAUGUGUUGGCGUCAGAUUUUGGCGUAAACUUGUAAAUGCGAUUGUAUUCUUGCAAAUGUGCGGAAUGUCAUUUGGUGAAACCCGAAAGCCUUACUAAAGAGAAAAAUGUUUUAUUUUUUGCAUGUUUAGAUUUGCUCAGACUGAGCAUCUUUAUCUUUAUCUAUUUGUUGGAUAUCAUAUAAAAUGAGUGUUCUAGCUUGAACGCGUUGACAAACAGGGUCAUAUGAAAUACUUUCUUUGAAAGACUUUCCAUGCACACUACUUACCUAGAGGAAAGUACCAAGUAAAAUUUCAAUGAACAUUAACGUUAAUAUAGGAAGAUCAGAAUUCCAAUCCUGUAGCCAAAAAUGUAAUGGUAAAAUGUAUAUGGUGAUCAUGAAUGAAUGGAUGGAUGUAUGGAUCUUUCCUUUAUGACUCGAGAUAUUAAUAGCUAAAUAGCUAUUAAAUUAUUGGAAAGAAUAUCUAGCCUACUUCGAUGAUUCAUAUUAAAUAAUAUAAAUUCAGUAAGUGUUUAUUAACUUUUUGGCUCCGCUUUUGUAGAUAAAGAGAAGAAAAUGCAUUUUUGAGGUAAUGAGGCAGCUAGUUCUCAUUAAAAUGCUAUAGCUGGUUGGUUACAAAGGUGAUGCAGGGAAUGGACAAGAACAUAUAUUUAUGAUCUCUGGAUUGUGCAGUAAUUAUUUGAGUGCAAAAAAACAUAUGAAGAUUUUCAUUUAUAUUCAAGUUUCAUUAAGUCAUCAAUGUCCUAAACCACUCGAAUGCUGGAGUCUUCCUGUUUUAACAGGUUUUCUUUUUCUUUUUCUGCAAAAUGGAAAAAAGUGCCAAUCCUAUGUACCUGAUGUAGAAGUGAUCUGUUCACCUGUUGUUUAGUGUGAUUUGUUCACAGUGUAUCCCGUCAUCUCUGGUGUUUGUAAUUUGUGUGCAUGGAUAAUAUUUUCACUGUGGUAAUCAACCUCUAAUAGUUUUUGAAGUGUGAGCUGUUUGAUGAAGAUCUCAGUGUAAUUUAUUUCUGCACCUUUGCAUGAAUGUUCAACUGGGGUAUUUGUAUCUUAAAUGGACAGCUGGAUGGUUUUGCAACUCAUGAAAGAAAUAAUAAAAAUAACACAUUUGUGU